AAGCUUGUUUUCUGUUUCACAGCCUGUGACGUUUGAGCAGAGUAGAGGUUGCGCAACACCCCGCCGCUGGCAGCAGAAUCACUCCCCAUCUAACUGUGAGUGUAGUGGAGUUUACACGUUUGAUGAAAUUCUGAACGAAAGCCAAGUGCCCCAGCUGAACUCUUCGCAGGUGCAUUGAGAAGAAUACAAUUAGAGAUGCGGGUUUCGACGCGAUGGGGACCUUAGAGAAGAUGUUUGACUGGGACCAGGAGUGGAGCAUUUCUUUUGCAGGAUGUGGAUUCAGGAGUGUUUACUACCUGGGAGCUUUGAGUUGUAUCCUCGAGCGGGUCCCGCAGCUGGUUCACGGAGCCUCCAAGAUCUGUGGCGCUUCUUCUGGUUGUCUCGUGGCUGCAGCUUUGAUUGUCGGGAUUCCCAUUGAAGAGUUCUGUGUUGAUGUUCUGACCACAGCGAGAGAGGCCAGAAAACACACUCUGGGCGUUUUCCACCCGACCUUCAGUCUGCUGCGGACUGUCAAGGACUUCCUGCUGAAGAAGUUUCCAGAAGAUGCCCACCUCAGGGCGUCUGGAAAGCUCUGCGUGUCCCUCACCAGAAUUUCUGAUUGGAAGAACGUUUUGGUUUCAGAGUUCGACAGCAGAGAAGAGCUCAUUCAGGUUCUCAUGUGCAGCUGCUUCUUCCCUUGUUACAGUGGUUUCAUCCCACCAUCAUACCGGGGAGUGUACUACAUGGAUGGAGCCCUGAGCAACAACAUGCCGCUGUUCGAGCACAGAAACACCAUCACUAUGGCUCCGUUCUCAGGAGAGAGCGACAUCUGCCCCAAAGAGGGGACUUUCAACUUCGUUGAGUCCAGCAUUGCCAACGUCAGCAUCCAGGUCAACACUGGCAACGUGCACCGAAUCUGCACGUCCUUCCUACCUUCCAGACCUGAGAAGCUGGCUGAGAUCUGCCACAACGGCUACAUGGACGCUCUUCGUUUCCUGAGAGGAAGAGAUCUGCUUGGAAGACGGCACCCUCAGCCGUGUUUGGUGAGAGAGAUGGAGGGAGUCAAACCUGCUUGUUGCGAGCUGCUGGAGUCAAAGAAGACGGCGAUGAAUGGAACAAACCUUCAAGAGGAUGAUCACGAGUGGCUGGACCUGAGAGUCGUCGAGAACCUACCUGUUAGCUUGAAGAAAGUGAUGUGUGAGGCGUGCAGGGACAGUCAUGACGGCGGCUCUCACGGGUCUCUGCUCUCUCAGUUCUUCCCAGUGAGAGUGGUUCUGUAUCUGCUGAGCCUUCUGGUGCUUCCCAUUGACCUCCUCUUCGUACUCACCAAAAGCUUGAUAUUAUCAGGUGGUGUAGGGAUUUGCAGACUGCUGACGGUGAUUGGAGAUCGCUGCAGGCAGACGUGGCGCAGAAGCAGCUCCUCUGACUCAGAACUCAGGACACAAGCAAUAAACGGCAACAAGACCGAACCUUCGACGUCAAAAAGCAUCCGGCAUUCCAGCAAAACUCCGCAUUGGGAUGACAACGGUAACCUGGACCAGUUCUCUCUCAUCUGUGCAGGUCCAUCCAACCUCAUGACACUGAAUACACCUGCACACGACAAGCUCACUUCAAAGCGCAGAAGUAAGCAGAUUCUUCUACAACAAUAACCAAGCAGAGAAUCAGGACUUUAAAAUGUGGAUGUUUUUGUGGAUGGUAUAUAUUAUUUAUCACUUUCUUGAUCUCAAUCUGUAUAAGGAAAAACCAUCUAUCAUCUUUGUUUUUCUCCUUAUUUUCAUGAGGGAGUAGGGGGAGGUAGAGCAUCAGCCUGAUCCAGAGGGGGGUGAGUGCUG